CAGCAGCGGCAGCAACAUGGUGUGCAAGUUGAUCGUCCUGUCCGUGGUGGUGGCCGUGGCAAGCGCCGGCUACCUGGGCGCCCCCGCCGUCUACGCCCCCGGUGCACCUCUGGCAGCCCGCGCAUAUGCUGCUCCCGCCUACACCGCCCCCAUCGCUCGUUACGCCGCCCCCGUCGCUAGGGCCUACGCCGCUCCCGUAGCCAGGGCCUACGCCCCAGCUGUCGCCGCCGCCCCCGCCGCCGUUGCUGCUGAGUACGACCCGCACCCCGAGUACAGCUUUGCGUACAACGUGCAGGACGCCCUCACCGGUGACUCCAAGACCCAGCACGAGAGCCGCAGCGGUGACGUCGUCCAGGGCAGCUACAGCCUGGCCGAACCCGACGGCUCCAUCCGCACCGUCGACUACACGGCUGACCCCGUCAACGGCUUCAACGCCGUCGUGCACAAAGAGGCCGGCGCCCACCCCGCCGCCGCCGCCCCCGUCGCCGUCGCCCACGCCCCCGUGGCCGUCGCCGCCCCCGCCAGGGCUUACGCCGCUCCCAUUGCCAGGGCUGCCUACGCCGCCCCCAUCGCUAGGGCUGCCUACGCCCCCGCCCUGGCCUACGGUGGUGCCUACCACGGUUAAGGACUGACAUGGACCAACCAAUCUCUCACUCUCAUUUUGUACAAAUACCUGUACCCAUU